UAUUUUGGAUGGCUGGGUGAGUGUGUGUGUGUUAUUAAGGCAUUUGUUAGUAAAGAACUAGGGAAGUGUCACAACAGCUAGCUAACCUAGCUCAGACUCCACAAGGAUAACUGUAGUCGUCACGGAUAGCCAAAGCGUGAGAAUCUAGUCCAGGUGGUGGGGAUCAUACCCUUGACCACUGCAACCUUAGACGUAAGCUUCAAUUUCUGGUUGGAGUCUCUGAAGGGCUGUUUUUUCUGACGCUGAGUCAGUGUUGUGUUUGAUUUAAACAACGGUAUCUGGAACUAAGAGAUUGUGUGUCUAACACACACAUAAAAUCUCUGGGAGAGAGAAAGAGAAGAACAUGGGAGUCGCUAACUCUAGGGACUACCAUCCGUACCACCCCUCACAGUCUCCCAUUAAGGUGGUGCUGAAAAGACGCAAUGAGCCCCUUAAGAAGGAGUGCCCUAAAUGGAAGAGUGAGUACCCUAUGACUGAGGGCCAGCUGAGGAGUAAGAGGGAUGAGUUUUGGGAGACUGCUCCAGCCUUUGACGGCAGGAAGGAGAUUUGGGAUGCGCUCCGAGCGGCAGCAGUGGCUGCAGAGGUUAACGACAUGGAACUGGCUCAGGCCAUAGUGGAUGGAGCCUGCAUCACACUACCACACGGUACGCUGACAGAGAGUUAUGAUGAGCUGGGGAACCGCUACCAGCUUCCUGCCUACACUCUAGCUCCUCCCACCAACCUCAUCAAUGAAUGCACCAAUGAGAGCCAAGCUCCCAAUCUAAAGGAGCAGAAAAAGCCUCCCCCUCCUCCUAAAGAGGAGUUCCAGCUACGAGUACGUCUCUCGUGUGGUAAGGACCUACGUAUAAGCGCCUCCAUGUCAGACUCCAUUUCCCAGCUGAAGACAGCCCUGGAGGGGCAGGAGGAUAUUGAAGUGGCCCACCAACGCUGGUUCUUUGCAGGGAAACUGCUAACAGAUAAGACCCGGCUCCAGGACACUAAGAUACAAAAAGACUUUGUGGUCCAGGUCAUCGUGAACAACUACUCACCCGUAACCAAACUCAUACCAAACUGAGAGAGAGAGGUGACGCAAGGCCUUGUUUCACUCCUCUGGAAGUUAAGAACACCAGGGUUGUGUUCAUUAGCGCACACUGUAGGGAAACGUUUUGCAACAGAAAACAAACAUGUUUUUAUUGUACAUGUUCAGAUAGUUCCCCCAAGUUUCGGACCACUUUCUUACAUUUCACGUCUAGUGGACACUACCCUGAACUGUUGGUUACUGCAAAGGAAAUUGGGGUAUAAUAUUUGAUGAUUAGUUUACGUUUGCUUUUGUAUUUCCUAUCCUCUUUUUGUAUUUCCCAAUUUCCUAAUAAUCCCACAUUGUUAAUUUGUGUAUUUUCACUCCGUAUUUGUAGCCUGGCAAAGAACGGACAAACUGUAGACUGAACUGGAAGAGAAUCAUGGCAUGAGGAGAAUUUACUACAGUGCGUCUGUCUGUCUGUCUGUUUGUUUGUUUGUUUGUUAUCAUCCACUUCCAUUACACCUCUGUCCCUGACAGUAUAUAAAUGAUUUUCCGUGUGAUUGUGUCCAUCUGGAACUUUAAACUAUGAAUAGGGUUGGACAGUGGAAAGUAUCCUGCCUGACGAUACAAAUAUUCUAUUAGAUCUCCAUUUAUACUGAAAGCCAUUCUAUUUGUACUAUUUCUAUUGUCUGAUUAAUGGUAAAGAAGAAUAUUGACAGAUUUAUGAAAGAAUGUUUACAUACUGUUUCAAUGGGUGUUUAAUUGUGAGUAAUUAUAUAUUUAAUAAGCAGAAAUGUAUUUUUAAGUGAAAAUGUUCAUGAAAAGUCAAUGUGAUGAACAAGUGAAAAUACUGGUUUAUAAGGUGGAAAUAGCUCAUUUGAAUUUCUCUAUUUUUCCAAUCAGGUAUGGAUAACAUGCUGUAGUUUUGUAUGCUCCGAAGUGCACUAAAAGUGGAUGAAUAUUUGUGAAUAAAUUUAUGAAUAAACAUUCUA